AUGAGUCCGUUGUGGCCGCUGCAUCAUCCGCUGUGUUUACAUAGACAGAGAGAGAGAAAGGCAGAGAGAGAGAGAGAGAGAGAGAGAGAGAGAGAGAGAGAGAGAGGAGAGAGAGGAAAAGAGAGCGAGACGUGGCCCUCGCACGCGCAGCGUACCUCCUCUCGUGAGCAACGGAAUGGAGAAAGGCGGAAGAAGAGAGAGAGAGAGAGAGAGAGAGAGAGAGAGAGAGAGAGAGAGAGAGAGAGAGAUAUAAAACAAAAGCAAGACGAAUCGCCUGCGAGUCGCGUAUAA